AGGCGAUGGACUUGAAAUGACUGGAUUCAAAAGAUGUGAAGAAAGUGAUGUGGAACGCUAAUCUUAAAGUAUAGACAGACAGAAGGGAAUUUGCAUGAAUAAUAAUCAUGACAUGACAGAGUGUCUAACGCAUUACGGCACUUACGGAGGAGCUUGAACGACCAACAUCAAUAGGAGCACUAAUGUGAAGAGCGAUAACCAAUGAAGCUGGUCUGUCACGCUGACUCGCUUUCACUGUGUAGUUAGCAAUCUAAACCUCAUCUAGAUAUUUAUAUGAGCGACAUAUGAAGCCAGAUCUGUUCUGGAUUAUGCAAUUGUGAGCAAUAAUGAUUUCCAUUUUUGUACAGUAAAUAUCAUAAGAGAGUUUUAUUUUUUGGAUAUAAAACACAUUUACUUUCAUAACGAAGAUAUCAAACACAGCCUAAUAAUCUAAUUUUUACGAAAAUCUUUCAAACAGUAUCACCAACAAACUUCCUCCAAAAAACGAAUUAUUUAUGCAUCAAUAUUUACGGAUGAUAACAUAAAACUAAGUUCAGUUAGGGUUUCAUUUGGUAUAAAAAUGUCUUCAAUACAACAAAACGAACAUAGAAAACCUGCACCUAAGUCUCCCAUUCCUAGAAGCCGCUCAGAUUUUAGUUACGUGGGUUUGACACCGAAGGAAAAACGUUGGAGUACUGAUUUAUCUUUACUGCUACCUACAUUUUCCAGAGAUUCUACCGGCUAUUCUCGUCUCACAGAAACUACAGUGACCCUUCAACCGAAACACCAGAGCCAAGAUGUGUCAAAACUUUCCAAAAGUCCAACUCUGGAUUCAAGCACCCUUCAGGUUUACAAAACAGGUAGUAAACGCAUGACUCGCUCUCCGUCAAUAGAAGCUAACGUUUCCAAAAGCAACACAGCAGAAUGCUUGAGUACUAAUCGCAAGAAGAGGUAUCCGCUGACCAAUUAUUCCAUACUGGAUCCUCAUCGUCAUGUAAAAUGCGAUCAGUCCAUACGUCGAAGCCCAACCAUGGAUCCUAAAACCCUUCAGCAACAGAGCCAUUUAGAGACCCUUAAUUCGAUUAUUAUAAGCAGGAGUUCGACUUUAGAUCCAAACAUACUCUCCCGAAGUCCUAAAGAAACUAACCGAGGACCACAAGUAAUGGAUGCAAGUGGUGCAAUUGUGAACAAGUGUACUUUAUGCAGUGGAGUUGGUUCGUCGCCGUCGGAGGUGAUCAGAUCUCAGUCGCUGCGUUCACUUCGAAGAGCACAAGAAAGAAGUCCAUCGAAGAUUCGAAAUUCGGAGAGUGCUCAGAGUGACGUGACUGCCACAGCUCAGAAGCCUUCUACGCUACUAGAAGCUGACGAGUACGACGAAGAGGAUAUUCGCCGCUUACGAAAUUUCACUGUUACGCCCAAAGGUCUUAUCAACUGGGGAGAUUCCUUUCGAUCUCACUCUCUGACGUCCGUCCCGGGUCUGGACCACUUCCACUCCUGCAGUGGAAGUCAAUGGGACGUUGCUUCUACGAAAUCGUAUCCAAUGGAUUCCUCCCAGUCGCAGUGGCAUUGUAGCAAACCACCUCAGAGGUACAAAGUUGCCAUUAUGGGUGCAGAUGAUGUUGGCAAAACAUCGCUCAUCCGACAGUUUCAGACCUCCGAAUACAUCUGCGCCUUUGACACCAGUUACG